CAGCCUCUUCAGUACAAGAGCGACCAUCCUCGCACCUCCUGAGGCUAAAGAAGUGACUUUCAUCUGAAAAUCUAGUGAGCGUAAUGGCGCCCAUCCAGAAGUGUUACGACGUGAAGAUCUCUGCCCCUGGCGUGAGCUGCCGUCGGUGCGGAGGAUCCUCCAAGAGGUCCUGGGACACGUUCCUUCCCAUCGCUCGAAGGGGAAGCUUCUUCCAAGAUUCGUUCUUCGCCAAUAUACAGCACGACUUCGACGCCGCCGUCAGGGACGUUCUGAACCGAUGGAGUGACGACGACCUCACACUGACGGACCGCAGGAGCCACAGCGACAUCAUGGGGCGGUACAGACAGCUUCGCUCUCGUAACAGGAAGGAAGAGAACCAGGCCAUCACAGUGACUUCAGACAGCUCUAGUCAUAAGAUUGUUCUGGAUAUGCACGACUUCAUGGGUGGAGAUGUGAAGGUGAAGGUAGUAGGUGAGAAGGAACUGGUGGUGGAAGGACGUAUGGAGAAGGAAGAGGGAAGAUCCUCCAUGUCUGCACACUCCUUCAGAAGACGAUUUUCCUUGCCUCAUCUUACUGACAUGACAGCGAUCACAUCUGUCAUGUCUUCGGAUGGAAUCCUCAUAAUCAAUGUGCCAGAAGUUGAAGAAGAUGCACGGCAGAAGGCCACCGUCAUUCCCGUCCACGUCGAGAAAACUGAAAAUUCCUCAAGAAUGCAGAACUGGGAAUCUUCUAACACAUCUUCCCUGCGUCUGCCGAGGCCACCUCCGUACAAGGAAGUCCUUGGAGGUCAAUAA